AAAUCUCAGUUUUUAUUCUGUUCAUUCUGUUCACUGCAGGUACAAAGACAAAUAGUGUUUGUAAUGUUAUUGAGUAUGAAUACAGACCACUAACAUCUCUCUCUCUGUUUUAAUACUAAAGGACACUCUUUCAGCUGCUAUGAGUGCUCAGGUCUGACGGGUUCUUGUGCAAAUCAAAAUGUAACAACAUGUUCCAGUGGAUUUUCUAAGUGUACGAGUUCAACAACAACGUCAAAUGCCGGUGCUAAAGUGAAGCUUAAAGGCUGUGCUGCUGACUGUGUAAAUGGAUCUAUGGACAUGGGCAUUGCAAAGACAUCUUUGGCGUGCUGUAACACAGACAAGUGUAACGUCCAAGACACUCCAGAUCCCUCUAUUGUCCCCAAUGGAAAGAUGUGUUACUCCUGUGAUGAGAAGAGCUGCUCAAACAUAUUGAGCUGUUCAGGAAGUGAAGACCGCUGCUUUAAAGCAUCAGGGAUUUUCGGUGGCCAGUCGCUAGUUGUAAAAGGCUGUGUCUCUAAAUCUAUCUGUGAUGCUGACACAUCGGUUAGAGAUGUUCAGGGAGCCUCAUGCUGUGAUGGGAACCUGUGUAACGGUGCUGCGAGCGUCUCUCAGAGCUUCAUGUUCCUCUGCUGUUCUCUGCUCUCCUUCAUCCUGCUGCACUGAAUCCAGCAGAUCUUCACAUCUACAAUAAGACACACUGCACCGAAUAUAGAGCUUGUGUUUUCUCUGCACUAUACAUCUUUGGUGUGUUUCUAUGAUUCUAUGUAUUCUAUUUUAUUUUUAUUUUUGCUGUGAAAUUCUGAU